AUGCGUUCCGUCUUCGCCCUCAGCAUCGCCGCCUUCACUGGCCUGGUCGCUGCUCAAGACACCCCCCAGCUGAACUACCCAUACACCAUCGACCCUGACACGGUUGAGCAGUCUACUAGGGAUUACUGGUGUGACCAGAACAGGGCCCAAUGCCCGCUCAUCUGCCUCCAGCAGCCCGGCAUCAACUCCAUGACCACCGAGCAGAACGACUGCGACUCCGACGCUCUGACCUACACGUGCGUCUGUGAGAACGGUGUCGCGCCCAACAUCACCGAGUACUCCCAGACACUGCCAUACUUCAUCUGCCAACAAUGGGGAAACACUUGCGUCGAGAACUGCAACGGCGACAACAGCUGCCAGAGCGCUUGCCGUGAGGACCACCCUUGCGGAGCUCAAGACCCGUACCGCGGCAACACCUCCCUCCCCACUACCAUGGCCUCCACCGCCGCUGCCACCGGCACCGACGGCUCCGCCUCAAACACCAUCCCCGUGACCGGCUUCGGUGGUGCCUCUGAGACCGGCUCCAGCGACAGCGACAACAACAACGGAGGCUCCAACGACCAAGGCGGCGCUGGCUCCAUCUUCAUGCCCAACGCUGGCCUCGGCCUCGCCGCCGUCUUCGGCAGCGUCUUCCUCGGCUUCGCCGUCCUCUUGUAA